AUGGCAAGAAUUUCAACCCCCUUCCCGGGAUUUUUGAUUUUAGUAUUAUGUUGCUAUGCAUCCAACAUGGCAAAAGUGACAGGAUACACGGCAUACACAGACCCGAACCAGCCAAUUCGUAUUAGGAUCAGGGAUCUCAUGAUGAGAAUGACUCUUCAAGAAAAGAUUGGUCAGAUGGUCCAAAUUGAACGUGCCAAUGCCUCUGCUGAAAUCAUGAAUAAAUUCUUUAUUGGAAGUGUAUUAAGUGGUGGAGGGAGUGUCCCUGCUCCUAAGGCUACUGCACAGCAAUGGAUUGAUGCAGUGAACGAUUUUCAGAAAGGGGCUAUGUCCACUCGUCUUGCAAUCCCUAUGAUAUAUGGAAUUGAUGCUGUUCAUGGCCACAACAAUGCGUACAAUGCAACCAUUUUUCCUCAUAAUGUGGGCCUUGGAGUGACCAGAGAUCCUGACCUUAUAAGGAGGAUCGGGAGUGCAACUGCACGUGAAGUUCGAGCCACUGGAAUUCCUUAUACAUUUGCUCCAUGUGUUGCGGUCUGCAGAGAUCCGAGGUGGGGUCGAUGCUACGAGAGCUACAGUGAGGACCCCAAGAUUGUCAAAAUGAUGACUGAUAUCAUCUCAGGGUUGCAAGGAGAACUCCCUAAUAAUUCUUAUGUCUCCCAUCCAUAUAUUGAAGGAAAGAAUAAGGUGGCAGCUUGUGCAAAGCACUAUGUUGGUGAUGGAGGCACAAUGAAGGGCAUUAAUGAAAAUGACACCAUUGUUACCCCGCGAGUAUUGUACGGCAUCCACAUGCCUCCUUACUAUAUUUCAAUCAUUAAGGGUGUUUCUACUAUCAUGGUAUCCUACUCGAGUGUGAACGGAGUGAAGAUGCAUGCAAACGAAAGGUUGGUGACUCGGUUUCUUAAGAAAAGACUCCAUUUUGAGGGUUUCGUCAUCUCAGAUUGGCAAGGACUUGACAGGAUUACCUCUCCACCACAUGCAGACUACACAUAUUCUAUUCAAGCUGCAAUUCUAGCUGGAAUUGACAUGGUCAUGGUUCCUUACAAUUACCCAGAAUUUAUUGAUGGCUUGACCGAUCUGGUUAAUAAGAAUGUCAUUCCCAUGAGCCGAAUAGAUGAUGCCGUAAGUAGGAUCUUGCGGGUUAAGUUCACCUUGGGUCUCUUUGAGAACCCUAUGGCUGAUAACAGUCUAGCUGAUAUGCUUGGAGCCCAGGAAAAUAGAGAUAUUGCUAGGGAAGCUGUGAGGAAAUCUCUUGUUUUAUUAAAAAAUGGAAAGCCUACGUAUGCUGGGGGUUUUUUGCCCCUCAUCAAGGAACAGCCAAAGAUUCUUGUUGUUGGAACUCAUGCAGACAACUUGGGCUAUCAAUGCGGUGGAUGGACAAUCGAAUGGCAAGGACUCAGUGGCAAUGACCUCACAAUUGGAACCACCAUCCUCCAAGGCAUUCAAGAAACUGUUGACCCAAGCACCAAGGUGGAAUUCAUUGAGAACCCAGACCCUGCCACAGUGAGGUUCAGUUCUUUCUCAUAUGCUAUUGUGGUAGUAGGUGAGAAACCAUAUGCAGAGACUAAUGGUGAUAAUAUGGACCUCACACUCCCCGAUCCCGGACCAAGUAUAAUCAACAAUACAUGCAGCAAUAUCAAGUGUGUUGUAGUUGUCAUCUCCGGGCGUCCCCUUGUGCUUGAACCAUAUCUUGAAUCAAUGGAUGGUCUUGUGGCUGCAUGGCUCCCAGGUACUGAAGGCAAAGGUGUGGCUGAGGUUCUUUUUGGUGAUUAUGGAUUCACUGGCAAGUUGGCUAGAACUUGGUUUAGACGAGUUGAUCAACUCCCAAUGAAUAUUGGGGAUCCAAACUAUGAUCCACUCUUCCCAUUUGGAUAUGGCCUUACAACUGAACCAACAGUGCAAACGUAA